AAAUCUACAAUAUUUUUUAGAAUGGUCACCCCGUAUAUCCGCCAUCAUUGAUUGAUCAUUGUGAAAAUCGGCGUUCUGGAAAUCGCGACGCGUGGUGUGGUGAUACGAUUUGAGUAAUCAGAUAAACUAACAUGGGUGUGAACGUAGAAACUAUUUCUCCUGGAGAUGAGUCCACCUACCCCAAGUCGGGCCAGACCGUAGUGGUGCACUACACUGGUACGCUGACCAACGGCAAGAAGUUUGACUCCUCCCGUGACCGUGGCAAGCCUUUCAAGUUCCGCAUCGGCAAGGGAGAGGUCAUCCGAGGCUGGGAUGAGGGUGUUGCCAAGAUGUCGGUGGGUGAACGCGCCAAGCUGACUUGCUCCCCGGACUACGCUUAUGGCCAGCAAGGCCACCCCGGAGUCAUCCCACCCAACUCCACCCUCGUCUUCGACGUAGAACUCCUGCGCCUCGAAUAAAACCCUAAGCAGUCACCUAACUUUAAUUAAUUUACAUUUUAGACAUUGGAACUGUAUCUCUUGUUAACAAAGACUUAUAGCAUCCUUAUUUGGCCGGAAUUAUAACCAAUUUUAAUCCAAAAAAUAUCGGUUCUUCAUGAAGACUCUAGUUAAUAACUUUUUAAAGUUAUAUCGAUCGUUAGUUCUCGGUCAGAAGAAUGACUUAAGCCUAGUGAACAAGAGAAUGGUUCCAUGAAGGUAUUUCAACUUUUGUCUGUCUUUUAAAGUAAUUAAUAAAAACGUAAAACUUAUAAUCUCUACAUGAACUGUAAGGAAAAACUGCCAACUUGAAUGUCAAAUUGGAAACUAUGAAUUUACUUGACAUAAUAUACUAAAAUGAGGAUUUUUCAUGUUCUUUUUUACGAUAUAUCUCUUAAGAUUUUGCACAAUUUAUUAUUACCAUGUCUUAUGUCAAAUGCAAUGUGUAACAUGUUAAACUACUAUAUGUUUGGACGAAUCCUAAGCGGACACCAUUGACCAAUUGGAAAUCACAUGUUUAUAAUGUAGUGUGCAUUAUCAUCAGCCUAUAAGUGCACACUGCUGAGUAAAAGCCUCUUCUCAUUCAGAGAAGCAAUGAGCAUUACUCACCACGCUUGUUCAAGGCGCAUUGAUGAUUUUAAAGUUAUUGCAUUAGAUUUUAUGAGUGUUUUCCUUCUCUUUUAUGUCAGUGGUGUCUUAAAUUCUUAGAAAGUAUGUAUAACUCGGAAAAAGUCAUUGGUAUUUCUCAUGCUUGAGGUGCAGGUCACGAAAAUGUAUGGAUGUAUGUGGUGGAUAUAAGAAUUUCGGAGUUCUAACAAUACAAUAGUGACGUUUAGUCACCACGUUUAUCUUGUUACACAUUGUAUAUUUAAAAUAUGUUUUAUAUUGUACACACAACACAUUUUUUAUAACUGUCAUACAAAGAUUCAACCUGAUCCAAUGUCAAUUACAAUUCAUUUCUAACUGUGUACCUAUACCUAAAGUCUAUAGCAUUGCUGUGUUAGAGAAAUUUAAAAAAGCCUUAGCUCAUAAUGACAUUCCUUAAGCAUUUUGAUUAUUAGAAUCGUGCAAUAUGUCCUAAAUAGUCACUUUUAGAAGACUUUUCACUCUAAAUCACAAAUUAUGAUUGGAUGUGUUAAGAUCUGGGUAGUUUAAGGCCAAAAUAUGAAAUGUGCGAUAAUGCUGUACUCCAAAACUGUAAAUAACUUGCACAAGUGUCUUGUGAACUCAAUAAUAUCUGGAUUUGGAUGAUAGCUUUAUCAUUAUAACUAAGAUGAAUAAACUUAUUGUGGAAUA